AAGUGACGGUUGGAGUUCAGAGUUGCCGGCGGCAGCAACGGGAGCACCUGUGGAGACGGUGUUAGUUUACCUGAUUGAGCGAGUUUUUAGGAGAUAAUUCACGAUGAGGGAGAUUGUUCACCUACAGGCUGGUCAGUGUGGGAACCAGAUCGGUGCCAAAUUUUGGGAGGUUAUCAGCGAUGAGCACGGAAUUGAUCCGACCGGUGCCUACCAUGGUGACAGUGACCUACAACUAGAACGAAUUAACGUCUACUACAAUGAAGCCACUGGUGGAAAAUAUGUCCCCCGGGCUGUACUCGUGGACCUGGAGCCUGGAACAAUGGACUCCGUUAGAUCGGGGCCUUUUGGGCAGGUGUUUAGACCAGACAACUUUGUCUUUGGUCAGAGUGGGGCUGGAAACAACUGGGCCAAAGGCCAUUACACAGAAGGAGCAGAGCUGGUGGACUCAGUUUUGGAUGUUGUGCGCAAGGAAGCUGAAAGUUGUGACUGCCUGCAAGGUUUCCAGCUCACUCACUCCUUAGGUGGAGGCACUGGCUCUGGCAUGGGAACCCUUCUUAUCAGCAAGAUUCGUGAGGAGUAUCCUGACCGCAUCAUGAACACCUUCAGUGUGGUGCCUUCCCCCAAAGUCUCAGACACUGUAGUCGAGCCGUAUAAUGCCACCCUGUCGGUUCACCAGCUGGUGGAAAACACGGAUGAGACAUAUUGCAUCGACAACGAAGCCCUGUAUGACAUUUGUUUCCGUACGCUCAAGCUGACCACGCCCACGUAUGGAGAUCUCAACCAUCUGGUCUCCGCCACCAUGAGUGGUGUGACCACUUGUUUGAGAUUUCCAGGCCAACUCAACGCUGACCUUCGAAAACUGGCUGUCAACAUGGUGCCAUUCCCGCGACUGCACUUUUUCAUGCCAGGCUUUGCGCCCCUCACCAGCAGGGGAAGCCAGCAGUACCGUGCCCUCACUGUUCCCGAGCUCACUCAGCAAAUGUUCGACGCCAAAAACAUGAUGGCGGCCUGCGACCCUCGCCACGGCCGCUACCUCACCGUUGCUGCUGUUUUCCGCGGCCGCAUGUCCAUGAAGGAGGUGGACGAGCAGAUGCUCAAUGUUCAGAACAAGAACAGCAGCUACUUUGUGGAGUGGAUCCCCAACAACGUCAAGACCGCAGUCUGCGACAUCCCACCUCGUGGCCUAAAAAUGGCUGCCACAUUCAUUGGCAACAGCACGGCCAUCCAAGAGCUGUUCAAGCGCAUCUCUGAGCAGUUCACAGCCAUGUUUAGGCGGAAGGCUUUUCUCCAUUGGUACACUGGGGAGGGCAUGGAUGAGAUGGAGUUCACUGAGGCUGAGAGCAACAUGAAUGACCUGGUAUCAGAGUACCAGCAGUACCAGGAUGCCACAGCAGAGGAGGAGGGAGAGUUCGAGGAAGAGGGAGAAGAGGAGCUGGCAUAGUUCAAAUGUUUGUCUUUACUGUUGCAUUCCAAAGCUGUUGAAUCUUCAGAUUUACUGCUUUCUAUUAAAGAAUCAACUUUGAUAGAA